UAAUGAUGUGCUCAGCAAGUGGACACUCCUAUUAUUAUUUACAUUUUGAUUCAGCAUGGCUCAGGAUCUGUGUUUUUGGAAUGAUUUUGAAUUAAAAAAACCUCCGCUGGUGACGAUUGAAGUGGAGAACACAGGUUUCGCCAAAAAUGUCUUUGUGGCUAUCAACAAGUUCCUGCAACAGAUGGGCGGCCAGGACUUUGAUGAAACAGCAGCAUUGAUUGGACGGUUAAUGACGCGCCGUAAGAAUUCCUUCCGGAAUAUGCCUGGAUUUCGAGCCAUCUGUAAACUAAACUCCGCUCUGUGCCGCCUACUACGUUUGGAUUUGUGCCGAGAUCUGGAGCAGUUUCGAGGAUCCCUGCCGGAUGUCUACGUUGAGGAUACCGAAGGAGCUCUGCCAACCAAAAGCAGCUUUGAGUUCAUCCUUGUCAGAUUAUUGGCAUUUUAUUAUUUGCAUAAACGCAUCGCGGAGUGUUGCCUUUCGGCAGCCUCCUAUUUCACCAAACUGCUGAGGAGCAACUUCUUUAUGGACUUUACCACGCUGCUGAUUGCUGCAAUCGCAAAAAUCAAAAAACUGAGUGCUGAUCAGGCUACUCAGAGUGCGCAGCUAUACAACAAAUUAAGACAACAUCGCAACAGUUUUCCGGAGGUAAAGAACCACAAGUUUUUGCCUGAUAAUCAGGAAUUGCCAGAGAAUCUGGAACCUAUGAAAAGCCUAAAAAGUGAAGCUAAGGAAGAAAAACCCCAGUCCGUUCUCCUGAAGCCCAAAGAAGUGGUAACCCGCGUUCAAAAGUCAAAAUCCGAUGUUGGUAUGGUUAUUGCUCGGAAAGAGACCUCCAAGCCAAGUUUCAAUGAAGCUGCUCUGGCCACAGUGGAGGAUGCCCAAAGAUUUAUUGCCCGGGAAACUAAGGCAAGGAAGCAGAAUCCACUGCCGGAGGACUGCUUUACAGGAAAGAUUUCCAAGCACGAGUGGCUGGCCGCCCAAAAACUGUUUCAUCAAAAACUGUCCAAGGAUCCUGCUAAAGCUUUGAGUUUAUUUCGUAAAUUUGUUGUUAGCAAAAUUAAAUAAAUAAGUGAACGUCAAUAAUAAUAACUUA